AUGAAAGUGAUCAGUCUGUGCCUCCUGGUUGUGGCUUCGGCCAGCUUCCUCCUGACCACCGUCAGCGUAAGUCCAGCCAAUGCCGUGGAGUCCUACGAUGACAUGUACGACGUCGAGUGGGAUGUGUCCGCUUUGAUUGCCGAGCUCUCGGCUCUCGAGGACAUGGACGGCGAGUACAUGGAUGUGGAGGCCUUUGGAUUCAUCGGCGCCUGCAAGAACAUCCUGUGGAAAGGCUUCAAGGGCGUGAACGGCACUAACUGCAUCAUCAAGGAGGUGAUCAAUGUAAUGAGCGCCUGCACCAGCUACGUGGACAACAUCGGCCACUGCACCCUGAACGUGCCCAAGGAUGUCCUGGCUAUUGUCAACAAUGCCAAGCAGAUGGCCGUCAUCGGCAACAACAUUAUCCAUCUCCGUUCCCAGCUCUGCAAUUCCUCCACCUCCACCUCCACCAGGGGUGUGGUUUCCGUCACCAAGAACUCGUUCAAGUGCUUCAUCAAGCUAUUCAAGGCCACUAUGGGCCUCGUCCGCCGCAUGAACCUCAUGAUCAAGCAGUCCGGCCGCCUGCCCUCCAACACUGCCACCUGCUUCGUGGGUGCCACCAAGAGCGUGGUUGCCUCCUGCAACGCCUUUGUGCCCAACAUCAACACCUGCAUCGCCAACAUGUAA